AUCCAUCGCAGUCAAUAUCUACAGCUACCACGGGACUUUGAUCUUCUCAUUGUCUUUUCGUUGUUCUGUACAGCUUCUUCUCUUUCCAGUCGCUCCACUGUUGUCAGCGUCUGCGCAUUUCUCUUCCUCUUGUGCUCUUCCCCAUACCCACUACAGCUUCAUUUAAUACCCCCACCAUGGCCAAUACUAACGUCGAUGUCCUCGUUAUUGGCAUGGGACCUACUGGUCUCGGUGCUGCCAAGCGUCUCAACCACAUUAACGGCCCUUCAUGGCUGAUUGUCGACUCUUCUGACAAGGCUGGUGGUCUUGCCAGCACUGACACCACCCCCGAGGGUUUCCUCUACGAUGUCGGUGGCCACGUUAUCUUCUCCCACUACAAGUACUUCGACGACUGCAUCGACGAGGCUCUCCCCAAGGAUGAUGACUGGUACACCCACCAGCGAAUCUCCUACGUUCGCUACAAGGGCCUCUGGGUUCCUUACCCCUUCCAGAACAACAUCUCCAUGCUCCCCAAGGAGGACCAGGUCGACUGCAUCGAGGGUAUCAUUGACUCUGCUCUCGAGUGCCGUGUUGCCAACACCAAGCCCAAGGACUUUGACGAGUGGAUUGUGCGCAUGAUGGGUGAGGGAAUUGCCAACAUCUUCAUGCGACCUUACAACUACAAGGUCUGGGCCGUUCCCACCAAGAAGAUGCAAUGCCAGUGGCUCGGUGAGCGUGUCGCCGCUCCUGACGCUAAGCUUGUUACCAAGAACGUUAUCCUCAACAAGGUUGCCGGUAACUGGGGCCCCAACGCUACCUUCCGAUUCCCCGCCCGUGAUGGUACCGGUGGUAUCUGGAUCGCUGUCGCCGAGACCAUCCCCAAGGAGAAGAAGCGAUUCGGCAAGCAGGGUGAGGUUACCAAGAUUGACGGCGAGAAGAAGAUUGCCUACUUCGCCGACGGUAGCACCAUCAGCUACAACAAGCUUGUCAACACCAUGGCUGUUGACCACCUCGCCGAGAAGCUCGGUAACCAGGAGCUCAUGACCCUCACCAAGCAGCUCUACUACUCUACCACUCACGUCAUUGGUGUCGGUAUCCGAGGUGAGCGCCCUGAGCGCAUCGGUGACAAGUGCUGGUUGUACUUCCCUGAGGACAACUGCCCCUUCUACCGUGCCACCAUCUUCUCCAACUACUCCCCCUACAACCAGCCUCAGAAGGACGCCAAGCUUCCUACUCUCUACCUUGCCAACGGUGAGAAGGCUGCUUCUUCCGAGGCUAAGGAGGGUCCUUACUGGUCCAUCAUGCUCGAGGUUUCUCAGUCUACCAUGAAGCCUGUCGAUGUUGAGAACCUCCUCAAGGACAGCAUCCAGGGUCUUAUCAACACCGAGAUGAUCAAGCCCGAGGACGAGAUCGUCUCCACCUACCACCGUGCUUUCGACCACGGUUACCCCACCCCCACUCUCGAGCGUGAGGGCGUCCUCAAGCAGGUCCUCCCCAAGCUCGAGUCCAUGGACAUCCUCUCCCGUGGCCGCUUCGGCAGCUGGCGAUACGAGGUUGGUAACCAGGACCACUCCUUCAUGCUCGGUGUUGAGGCUGUCGAUGCCAUCCACAGCGGUGCUGUCGAGCUGACCCUCAACUACCCCGACUUCGUCAACUCCCGCCAGAACACUGAGCGUCGUCUCACCCAGAACUUCGUUUUCAGCACUCCUCAGACCAACGGGAUCCCCAGCCACUCCAAGGCCCAGUAAAUAACCUCUGUAUUGGAGUUGGAGUUGAGGGUAUGACGUGAGCAAUCUAGCAUUGAGUUGGGCACGUUGUUUGAUAUUUCAAGAGAUAUGUGUACAAGAAAACAUUGUGAGAAGCGAGUUAGCGCCUCGAGAAAUGACGAGUCCAGAUUUUAGGAUUGAUGACGGGAAAUAAGACAAGAUGCUGCUGGUGAAGGUUCUCAGCUAGCUGGACGGAUGGAUGGAUAUAGGGUUUCGCUGGAGAAGCGGAGCAUGAUAAAGGAUAUAGAUCUGGAAUUUUUGCUCUAGGGUUAGACAAAUGAACGGACUGUCCUAUACAGAUACAUAAUAGUAUACAACAUACAUUAGAACAUACAAU